AUGUCGGCGACGCGCACCUCGCGCGCGCGUGUUCCGAUGAGUCGAACGGCGUUCGAGGCGAAGACGAAUGCGCGUCGGGCGGGACGCGCGGGCGUUCGCGCGCGGGCGAAGGAAUCGACGACGACGAUCGCGGAGAUCGCGAAGAGUACGCGACCGAUGAAGAUUGUUUUUGUUUCCGCGGAGUGCUCGCCGUGGAGUAAGACCGGGGGGCUCGGGGACGUCGUCGGGUCGCUUCCGGUGGAGCUCGCGAAGCGCGGGCACAAGGUGAUGACCGUCUCUCCGCGUUACGAUCAGUACGCUGGCGCGUGGGACACCUCCGUGCACGUCGAAGCGCUCGGCAAGUCUGUCGGGUUCUUCCACGAGAAGAAGCAGGGCGUCGAUCGCAUCUUCGUCGAUCACCCCGACUUCUUGGCCAAGGUUUGGGGCAAGACGGGUUCCAAGCUGUACGGCGAAAAGUCUGGCCACGACUUCGCCGACAACCAAGAGCGCUUCGCGAUGUUCUGCCACGCCGCUCUCAAGGCGCCGAUGGCGCUCACCGAUCUUGGUUACGGCGAGGACGUCAUCUUCGUCGCUAACGACUGGCAUUCUGCGCUCGUUCCGGUCAUCUUGAACAAGGUGCUCAAGCCGGCGGGCAUGUUUGCCAAGGCCAAGUGCGCGAUGACCAUCCACAACAUCGCCUUCCAAGGUCGCUUCUUCCCGCAGCCGAUGUCCAAGUACGGCUUGCCGGAAGACGCGGCUGACGACUUCUUCUUCGAAGACGGUUACUCCAAGGUGUACGACGAAAACACGCCGGCCAAGGAGCAAGGUAAGGAGGACUUCGACGGCAAGAUUUACCGCAAGGUCAACUGGCUCAAGGCUGGUUUCAUGAACUCCGACAGGAACUUGACCGUGUCCGAGAACUACGCCAAGGAAAUCGCUUCCAGCAAAGCCAAGGGCGUCGAACUGGACCACGUCAUCCGCGAGUUCGGUAUGGAAGGCAUCGUCAACGGCAUGGACCCGGCGGAGUGGAACCCGGCGAAGGACAAGUUCAUCGACGUGCCGUACGACAAGACCACCGUCGUCGAAGGCAAGGCUGCGGCCAAGCAAGCGCUUCAAGCCGAAGUUGGACUUCCGCUCGACCCGACCGCGCCGGUCUUCGGUUACAUCGGUCGUCUCGAAGAGCAAAAGGGCUGCGACAUCAUGUUCGAAGCCGUCCCGAAGCUUCUCAAGGCUGUCCCGAACGCGCAAGUCGUCAUCUUGGGCACGGGUAAGAAGGUUAUGGAAACGGCGCUCGAAAAGCUCGAUGCCGCCGAACCGAACUGCGCCGGCGUCGUCAAGUUCUCCGCUCCGUUGGCGCACUUCAUCAACGCUGGUGCCGACUUCUUGAUGGUUCCGUCUCGCUUCGAGCCGUGCGGCUUGAUCCAACUUCACGCCAUGCAAUACGGCACCGUCCCGAUCGUCUCUUCCACCGGCGGUCUCGUCGAUACCGUCAAGGAGGGUGUCACGGGUUACCACAUGGGCGCCAUGGAUGCCGAUGACCUCCUCCCGGCGGACGUCGACGCCAUGGUUGAGACGUGCGCUUCUGCCGCGGCGGACUUCUCGACUCCGCUGUACAAGAAGAUGUCUGCCACGUGCAUUUCCCAAGACUUGACUUGGGCGGAGCCGGCGAAGAAGUGGGAAGGCGUGCUCGAAGAAAUGUACUUCGGCACUCCGGAGACGACCAAGAAGGCUGAGGUUGUCGUUCCCAUCGCCAAGGCAGACGCGCUCGCCGCUCAGACGUGA